GUGUGUACUCUGUGUGUGUGUGUGUGUGUGCUGUGAACUGAGCGGAGGUGAAGAAGAGGAGGAUGAAGCUGGGAGCGGAGGAUGGGAGGAAGAGUGGAGUAAGAGACAGGCUAGCUGUGUGUGUGUGUGAAUGAGAGAGUGUGAGUGAGUGAGGAAGAGGAGAGGAGAAGGUCGUGUCGGAGGGACCGAAAACAAAGAAGAUCUUCUGGGUGAUUUAACCUCCGGAACGUUACUAACGGAAACUUUAAACUUUUUACCGCCACAUCUCAUCUCUCUCUGGCUUGUUGUGUCCGGGAGCCGGCUUUGUUUCACGGCGGGAGGUUGUCUACGAUACAUGAAGGAAUAAAACACAUCCACAUCGACCUCUUUUAUUACCCGAGCCGGGGGGAAUAACCGGGGACUGCUUCACUGAUUAAAGGUUACAGAGAAUGGCGGCCAACAUGUACCGAGUGGGAGAUUACGUGUACUUUGAGAACUCCUCCAGCAACCCUUACCUGAUCCGUAGAAUAGAAGAGCUUAACAAGACUUUCAAUUUCCAGACAGCCAAUGGAAACGUGGAGGCGAAGGUGGUGUGUCUGUUCAGGAGGCGGGACAUCUCAGGCAACCUCAACACCCUGGCUGACAGCAACGCAAGAGAAUUUGAGGAGGAGUCGAAGCAGCCGACGCCGUCUGAACAACAGAAACACCAGCUCAAACACAGAGAACUCUUCCUGUCUCGACAGUUUGAAUCUCUACCUGCUACUCACAUACGGGGGAAAUGUAACGUCACCCUCCUCAAUGAAACAGACGUCUUGGCCGGCUACCUGGAGAAAGAGGACUGUUUCUUCUACUCGUUGGUGUUCGACCCCGUCCAGAAGACCCUACUGGCGGACCAGGGCGAGAUCCGGGUGGGCUCGAAGUACCAGGCAGAGAUCCCUGACAAGCUAGCUGAUGUUGAAUCAGACACCCGGAUCCAGGAGAAGCUGGAGACCAAGGUGUGGGACCCCAACAACCAGCUCAAAGACCCUCAGAUCGACCAGUUCCUGGUGGUGGCAAGAGCUGUGGGGACCUUUGCUCGGGCCCUGGACUGCAGCAGCUCCAUCCGCCAGCCCAGCCUCCAUAUGAGUGCAGCUGCAGCCUCCAGAGACAUCACACUGUUCCAUGCUAUGGACACGUUGCAGAAGAACAACUACGACCUGGCCAAAGCCAUGUCCACCCUGGUUCCUCAGGGGGGUCCGGUGCUCUGCCGCGACGAGAUGGAGGAGUGGAGCGCCUCAGAGGCCAUGCUGUUCGAGGAGGCUCUGGAGAAAUACGGCAAGGACUUCAACGACAUCCGCCAGGACUUUCUGCCCUGGAAGUCUCUAGCCAGUGUGGUCCAGUUCUACUACAUGUGGAAGACUACUGACCGCUACAUCCAGCAGAAACGACUAAAGGCAGCAGAGGCAGACAGCAAGCUGAAGCAGGUGUACAUCCCCACCUACACCAAACCCAACCCCAACCAGAUCAUGGUGCCAGGCAGCAAGCCUGGUAUGAAUGGGGCAGCAGGCUUUCAGAAAGGACUCAGCUGUGAGAGCUGCCACACGGCCCAGUCUCCUCAGUGGUAUGCCUGGGGGCCUCCCAACAUGCAGUGCAGACUGUGCGCCUCCUGCUGGAUCUACUGGAAGAAGUAUGGAGGCCUGAAGACCCCCACACAGCUAGAGGGCGCCGCUAGAGCUGGCUCUGAGGCAGGCCCCCGCGGUCACAUGACACGCCAGGAGGUCCAGGGCAUGUCGCCGUUCACCCGCAACGAGGGCCGAGCCAAGCUGCUGGCCAAGAAUCGCCAGACGUUCAUCCUGCAGACCACCAAGCUGACCCGCAUCGCUCGGCGGGUGUGUGAGGACAUCCUGCAGCCUCGCCGCGCUGCACGGCGGCCCUACGCCUCCAUCAACGCCAACGCCGUCAAGGCUGAGUGUAUAAUCAGGCUGCCCAAAGCCACAAAAACUCCUCUAAAGACCAAGGUGGUGCCUCGACAGUCGCUGGCCAACAUAGUGAAGGAUUUAGCCAUCUCCGCUCCUCUGAAACUGAAGGCGUCUAGAGGACCCCCGACACCCAUCAACAGGAACCAGGCCAGCCAGCCCCGCGUGGGCCAAAGCCUGCUGGGAAAGAGAGGCUUCGACAGCGCUACAGGGGUGCCCUACCCAGCCAAUGGGAGGCCGUACACUUCAGGUAUGAGGACCACCUCUCAGUCGGUCAUCAAGCGGCAGAAGGUCAGCCAGGGGGAGGCUCCCAACCCUGUGGUGUUUGUGGCUACAAAGGACACCAGGGCUCUGAGGAAACAUCUGACCCAGUCAGAGAUGCGUCGGGCAGCGAGGAAACCUCAUCUCCUGGUCCGGAUCAAACUGCCGCCGCCCCCCCGCUCCCUGGCCAUGCCCCUGCUCCCCUCCAGCACCAGCGAACCCAUCGUCCUGGAGGACUGAAGGGGAGGGACAGGGACGGGGUCUUUUAACAGGACAUGGGGGUCGGGUGGGAGUUUUGGGGGGGUGGGAGGGGGGGUCUGUGCUCAAGCCGUCACGUAACCGGCAGCACAGUACGCCAUACCAGUAGUCUUUUAUUUCCCCUGUUUUCUUUAGUCCUCUGUUACUACCCAAAUGUUGAUGUGUCCAACACACACACACACACACACACACACACACACACACACACACACACACAAGCGCUAAGACGACUGCACAUUUCCAUCACACACACACACACACAUCGACACACCGACACUCACACACACAACACCUUUGGGCUUUUGUAGUAUUUUAUUCCAGAUCCUGAAUUCUUUUUGCUCCCCUUUUCAAUGCCGCCUGUUUUUAAAUGUGUAAUUUAAAUCAAGAUAUUUCUACAUCUUGAAACGACGGUGAUAAAGCACACUUUGUUUUUCCUCCA